GAACUGCUUAUUAUGAUCAAUGCAUGCAAAAUUGCUUCUUCGUGUCGAGUAGCAGCUGUCAUACCAUGUUUCCCUUACGCUCGUCAAGACAAGAAAGACAAAUCACGUGCUCCAAUUUCUGCGAAACUGGUGGCAAACAUGCUUUCAGUGGCAGGUGCUGAUCACAUCAUCACAAUGGACCUUCAUGCUUCCCAAAUACAGGGUUUCUUCGACAUUCCAGUCGACAAUCUCUAUGCAGAGCCGGCAAUCCUUAAGUACAUCAAAGAGUCAAUACCCAACUGGCAAACGUCAGUAAUUGUUUCCCCAGAUGCAGGAGGAGCGAAAAGAGUCACAUCCAUAGCCGAUCGUCUAAAUGUUGAUUUCGCUCUGAUUCACAAAGAAAGAAAACGCGCCAAUGAAGUAGAAAAGAUGACAUUAGUUGGAAACGUUCAAGGAAAAGUCGGUCUUUUAGCCAGCUUGUGGGUCGCCAUACUGGUCGACGAUAUGGCGGAUACGUGCGGAACAAUUUGUAUGGCAGCAGAUAAGCUUGUCGAAGCGGGUGCAGAAAAGGUGUACGCAUUCUGCGUUCAUGGCAUCUUUUCGGGACCAGCAUUGCAGCGUUUGAAUAACUCGAAAUUUGAAGCAGUAGUGGUGACCAACACAAUCCCACAGGAUGAGAAUAUGAAGCAGUGUCCAAAAAUUCAGGCUGAAUUGGUCGAUAUUCAACCAAAUCCAACUCAAGUUACGACUUAUAUAAGUAUUCAUCAAAGUGGUUUUUUACAGUGCAUUGACAUCUCUAUGAUUCUUGCGGAAGCGAUUCGCCGUACCCACAAUGGAGAAUCAGUGUCAUAUCUAUUCUCACAUGUACCAAUAUGCUAA